GUAUUUACAGUACAUUACAUAACACACAUUCAAGGGAGACACAGCGGAGCACAGCUGGUCCCAGGAUGGGCAGGAUCAUCUUCUAUGAGGACAAGAACUACCAGGGUCGCAGGUAUGAGUGUGACAGCGACUGCACUGACUUCCACUCCUACCUGAGUUGCUGCAACUCGGCCCAAGUGGAGAGCGGGACCUGGGUGAUCUACGAGAGGCCGAACUACAUGGGCUACCAGUACAUCCUGAGCAGAGGCGACUACCCCGACUACCAGAGCUGGUUAGGCCUCAAUGACAGAGUCUGCUCCUGCAAGAUGAUUCACUUCACCAGUGGAGAUCCUUACAAGAUCCAGCUCUAUGUCAAAGGAGACUUCGCCGGUCGGGUGUUUGAGGCGACUGAAGACUGUCCCUCUGUGCUGGAGAACUUCCACUGGAGGGAGAUCCACUCCUGCAGGGUCCUGGGAGGCUGGUGGGUCUUCUACGAGCACCCGCACUACAAGGGACGCCAGUACCUGCUGGAGAAAGGCGAGUACCGCAAACCAGUGGACUGGGGCGCUGUCUGUCCCACUGUACAGUCUUUCAGAAAGCUAACAGAGUAGGUACUGUGCCUUUUCUCACCCUCUUAUUGGCUGUUGAUUGGCUCAUGAUUGACACCUGAGUGAUGUCAGACGGAGCAGCAGCCGUGGCAACAAUAAAAGUGAAUGAUAAGAAA